UGUUUGGCAUGGCUUCUGCUGUUAUUUCGGUUUGUGACACGAACGGUUCAUACUAAUUUGAACGUAGUUGAAUAACCCGAAUAUAACGUAGAUUCCAAAACAGUGGUGGAAAAUGAAGAUCCUUCUGUCGUUGUUGGUGUCGGUGGGCAUUGCCUUUUGCGCGAAGCUGGACAAAGAGUGGAGCAAGAACCAUGGGGAUUAUUCCACCGGCGCGAAGGAUGCCGUUGUGAAGCUUCUGACCAGCCAUGGAAAUGCUAUGCAGUACUGCAGCAAGGAUCGGGACUGCGAACACGACCUGCAAGCACCGGUGUGCGACACCAAACUGCGACUCUGCAAGCCGCGUGGAGCGCCAACCAUGGAACUUACUUAUGGCACUUGCUCCAGCGAUUCCGAUUGCCGCUCUUUGUAUCGAUGCCACAAUGAUGUCUGCCAAUUUUCUGGUCCAAAACCGUGCAACUCCGAAUCUGAUUGCCUCCAAGGAGUGAGUGACCUCUCUUUCAAAUGCCAAGAAAAGCGAACUUCCGUGCCGGGAAAGCGUUGCUGGCUGAAAUGCCAAGAAGAUAGGGAUUGCUACAGCUGCCAAGGUUCCAAGUGCCGAAUUGGUCAGGAUUUGCAUUCUCUCAUUGGAUGCUGCGAGGGAGUAUGCCAGAAACGAUUAGCCUGCAGUGCGGACUCCGGUAACGACAGUGAACGACCAGCGUGGCAUUCACAUCCGAUCCAGUCCGGAUCCGAAGAACAGUAGUAACUUUCUUCGCACUGAGUUGUUUUAUAUGAAGAACGAUGGCACUAUUACUUUGCUGUUAAUUGACAUGGGUGCUAUUAUAACUUACGUAUACAAGUGAUCAGAUUUACAGUCGAUGUUACGCACUCAUUAGACUGAUCUGGAAGGGGUGAAAAAAUCAACCCUUACCUUCUUAAGAGUGAAAGCUGUUAACAUUAUUUUUUAUUGAAUUUUCAAAUUUGGUCGUUGGGGUUGUCGGACAUUAAACUGUACAGUAGUCCAAAAA